AUGGAGAAAGACCUACGAGACGCGUAUGCAGCACUAAAACUACUACGUGCUGAUCUCGUCAAGACACGACGAGAAAAGCAGUCACUUGAAGCUUUUAUUACACAUACAAAAAAGACUGAGCGAUUGUCAUCUAGUGCUGUAGAGACUCGUGCAAAUUGUGAAGUGCAGGAAAUGCAAAGCGAAGACAUGAAUUCGCAAUUAUGGCGCUUGGCUUUUCAUUAUGAAAAUCAAUUGCAGAUGGAGAGACAGAAAGGGGUGGAUGCAGUGCAAGAGCAGCAGACGAUUAAGGAGAAAUGCGAGCGUCUAGAGAUUCAAGUGGCUCUGUUGAAAGAGGAGAAAUUGAGUCUAGACAAGGAGAAGAUGCAAUUAAAGAUUAAAGUAGCAGCUCAUGCAUCGACGAGAAGUAUCUUAACACAGCAAUUAAAGGAGAAAGAUGACGAGUUGUUGAUGUGGAAGAGGAAGGAAAAGUUACAGUGUGAUCAAAAGACACAGGAGGUGGUCAAGGAAAAUAGUGCUAGCUUUCGACUGACGAAUGAAGGGAAAGAGAAGGAAUUGUCCGAUGAACAUCAGCGACAAGGGCUCAAAGUGCAACAAGAAAAGGAGCGGUUGAAGUUGGAGCUGCAUCAUGAGACAAAGCACGAGGUUCAAGAUGAAGAUGAUAGACGAGAACGACAUGUGAGAACGUUGCGCGAGCUGGAGCAAUAUUGCAUUGAGCUGGAGCGGAAUUGCAUUGAGCUGAAGGCCCAGGUUGUAGAUGUGGAAUCCAAGCGGACUGCUGACGCGAAGAAGCAUGAAAAAAUAAUGACGGAGGCAGAGAAGCAGUACGCGACGACGAUGAACAUCGUGGAAGUAAAGUUGGUGGAAGUGCAAAAUCAAUUUGCAGUAUCGGAGGCAAACCAGUUCACAAAACUACACGAGUACGAGGAAAAUCUUGCUGAGGUUUUGAGAAAGCUACGGGAUCAGCAAGAAAGUAGCGAUCAACAUUUGCAUAAGUUGCAAUGUGACUUGGAAGCGGCGCAGACGCAACUUGGGAUGUCUAAAGCUGAACUGGAUAAAGAAGGUAAGAAACACGAAAAACAGCUCAAUUGUGUACUACAACAAUUGCAUGAUCAGCGACAUGAUAACGAGCGAUACGCGAUGGCCUUGUGCGAUCUGGAAAGCAAGUUGUCUACAACUCAGAAGGAGCUUGGUGACUCUGAGAUCAAUUAUCUCGCGCAACUGAAGGAGUAUGAGGAAAAACUUGUGAAAACUUUACAAAUGGUUUCACAGCACGAGAAUGCUUAUAGAAUUUUGGCCUUGGAGAAGGAGGCGCGUCAACAGGAAGCUUGUGAAGCGCGGCACAGCUUGAAGUUCAGGACUGAAGAAUUACUCACGUGCCGAUCGAUGUUGGAGGAGAGAACUCAAGAGCAUGUGCGGUGUAUGCGCCAAGCUCAAGUGCAGUGUGAGUCUCUUGAGACGCAACUUCUACUAGCUGAAGAUCGCAGGGAACCUUUGGGCGCAUCUAAGUCUGCUGCUGAUUCGUCCACGCUGAAAAUCUUCCACGGUCGUACCGAUGAUGAAAUUAUUGCCAUGUCUCCUUGGAACUCUUGGUCCUUGUUAGGAUCAGGGAUCAAGGAGAUGGCUGAUUUCGUGCCGCAGCUUCAGACGGUAUUGGGUGCUAUGAACGAUGUGCUUCAAUUGUGUCAAACUCACGCCAAUGCUCUUCCCGUGCUAUCCGAGCAACUUCAACGUAACGUGGCUAGCGAGAAAGAGCAGCGACCGAUUUUGUCUACCGCAUUACGUUUGCUGCGUUUUGCGGAAAUGUUGAAGACUCGAACCACACACAACGAAUUUACAGUGACGGUAAAUAUUGUGCAAUCAUUUCGUAAGCGCGUGCUGGAUGCUCUUGCUUUGUGGUAUGAGUGUGAUGCUGACAACAAUGACCAUCGUGAGAUAAGGCCAGUGCCAACGCCAAAGUUUACAACCACUUCACGCGAAACUGCGCUUAUCCUGCAAAACUGGACUAACGACCGAACAAAACAGCUCGGAGUGAGACGAUGGCUCGCACAGAUGGAAGCUUACCCAGGCGUACCUCCGCUGCGAGGGACAUCAUUUAACAGAAUACUCGAGCUUCCUCCCGGUGGGUGCACAUUGGAGCUAGAUGACAUGACAGUGGAGGUAAAGGAUGCUUUUUUGCUGCUUGUGAUCCCUAUCCUAAAGCAAAAUCGAGCGCUGCACGUGAGCGUCUUUACACGGUACGCAGGUAUUUAUGAAGCGACGACGAAGCAAUCAUUGGGCAAUGAAGAAGUGGGUAUCGAGAAAGUAUGGAGUAUGCGGAUACACGUUCAGAGCACUGUCGCCCAAGCCCGCUCUUCUCCUUUCACUUUAUCACCAAGUUCUCGCGAUUCACCGAGCCCUCUGGCACCUACAUCUCCUACUUCGUCAGUGACGUCAUCAACCUCCAGUACUGCAAGUUCACGACUGCAGAUUAUCCAGGAACGGUUGCAGUAUCUGCACCACAACUUUUAA